GUAGGGAGGCUGUUUUUUUUUUUUUUUUUUUAAAAAAAACAAAUUAAAAUUAUCAUUAUUAGAAGUGUAUUGAUGAUUUUUUUAACCAAAAAAAAGGUCAUUUGAUACUUUAUUCACGCUCCUAAGGUAGAUUUCUAGUGAAACCCAGGAUCCAAUUGCCUUUAUGGUCUCUGAAUACACCCUCAACCCUUCCUUGGCCAGGUUGGGUCCUAACACUCGCGUCUAUGUUGAGUUUGUAGGAGCUCUGGUUAGGAGGUUCCCAUUUAAGGUAGAUGGUGGUGUUGUGGUUCUGAGAUGCAUGAUGGUUCAACAUUGUAAGGGCAUAUUCGUUGGCCUAGGCUAUAGUUUGUUCAAUAGAGAUAUUAUCAUCUCUUUUGUUGAACAAGUUAUGGUUUCUGUUGAGCCAAAUAUUCCACAUACAGAAGGCAGGAUGGUAUUCCAAGAGUACCAGCUGUUGAAAGGUCUUUUUGCAAUGGUUUUUCAGAUGUCAGCCCAGUUAUGGUUGUUAAGGGAAGAGGAGUCGAGAUAGGCUAUGGAGAUGCUGUUAGCAGCAAUUCCUUCCCGGAAUGCUUGGGCUUUAUGGCACUGAAAGAAGAUAUGGGAGAUAUCCUCAACAAGAUUGGAACAGUGCAUGCAAUUUGGAGACACCUCUAAGCCCAUGUGUUUGAGAUAACUUCCAGUAGGGAGUCUGUUGUGGUUCAAGAGCCAAAGAAAGGUUUUGAGUUUCGAAGGGUUUUGAGUUUCCAGAUCCAGAGGUGAUCCUUAUUGAGCUCAGAUUGAAUGCUCCCGAAGUUGUUCCGGAGAAUGUAGAACCUAUUCACGCGCAGCAAGCUGAACUCCUAGUAAUCCUGGAAGGACUCAAGAUAGCCCACUCAAAUAACUUAACCUUUUUGGAAAUAAACUCUGAUUCUAACUGCAAUUAACAUGAUAAGCACUAACCACCUUGGUUACUGCAAUAUUAUUUCGGAAUGCAGGUAUUUAAUGCAGGUACUGAACAAUCCAACACUGAAACACACUUACAGACAGCAGAAUAGAGUCGCUGAUGCACUAGCCAGAUAUCAAGAAGGGAUAGUCUUUUUUGAUCAUGUGUAAAUUUUGACGACUCCAUCUGAGUAUGCUCAAGACCUUCUUGAAGCUGAUAAACUAGAAAUCGCCUUUCCCAAAACGAUUGCUCAUAUUUUUGUAACUAAUUCGAUUAUUGAUACUCAACUAUCGAUUCUAGGAGAUCCAAGUGAUCCCUGUAACCCAUCAUGUAUUAACUCUAAUUAACUUCUAAGUUAUGCCCUUCUUACACAAAAAAAAAAGAAAGAAAAAAACAGUAUGAGCUCACCCUUCCUGCUUUACAAGUCCGCCACAUUUACUCUGAGUUCCAACGUGUCAAGUUGUCAGCCACCCCACCAACUUUCCUAGAAUUCUUAUAAAAAAAAAUCAAAAUAUAUAAACCCAAUUUAAGCAUUCAAAAAUUUGUAAGACACAUACAUAUCAACAAACUAUAACAUACAAAAGUAUAGCCUAAAGUGUGUGUAUAUAUAAUAAAUCUAUAGAACAGGAACAAUGAGUCAAGAACAACCUCAAAGGGAGCAACAAGAGGCCCUAAAAUAUGGAGAUGUUUUUAACGUAAACGGUGAGUUAGCUGAACAGCCAAUUGCACCACAAGAUGCAGCAAUGAUGCAGAGUGCAGAGGCUAUGGUGUUUGGGCAGACACAAAAAGGUGGUCCAGCUUCUGUGAUGCAGGCUGCUGCUGCUAAAAAUGAAAGAAGUGGAGUCGUUAGUCAUGAGGAUACUACUCAAGUUGCUGGUGAUGAAGGUGUGACUGUGGCUGAAACUCAAGUGCCUGGCAGACGUAUAGUUACUGAAUCAGUUGCUGGACAGAUAUUGGGGCAAUAUGUUGAGCCACUUCCAGUAACAGCAGGAGCAGAGGGAGAUGUGGUGGAAGCACCUAUAGCAAUAGGAGAGGCUCUGGCAGCAACAGCUCUCGUAGCAGGGGAGAAACCGGUGGAGCAGAGCGACGCAGCCGCGAUACGAGUGGCUGAAGCCAGAGCCACCGGUUCUAGCGUUGUAACCCCCGGAGGUUUAACAGCUACAGCUCAGUCCGCAGCCUCGGUUAAUGAGAGGUUAACUCAAGAUGUUGAUAAAAUCACACUUAACGAUGUCUUGACAGGCGCACCUGCAAGAUUACCGGCUGAUAAGGCAGCGACAAGGCAAGACGCGGAAGGGGUAAUGGAAGCUGAAAUUAGGAAUAAUCCUAGCUUGACUGCUUAUCCUGGUGGAGUAGCUGCAUCUGUGGCUGCUGCCGCAAGACUAAACGAAAGAACUGCAUAAUAGAUCUUGGCUCAUGCAUGUAUAAUACUACUAAGAAUUGUUAUAUGAUGCCUCAUGCAUAUAUAAUAUUACUUAAUUAGUGUAAUAUGAUCUUGACUCAUGCAUGUAUAAUAUUACUAAGUAGUGUAAUAUGAUCUUGGCUCAUGCGCGUAUAAUAUUACUAAGUAGUAAUAUAUUAACCAGA